AUGAAGGCCUCUCAAUUAAUUACUGCUUCAGCUCUUUCCACCGCUGUCUUAGGUGCUACUUCAGUACCAGCUUCUGAAAUUGAAUUCCUUACCGUUUUGGUUAACGAUUUAAAGUCCAACCAAGCUUCAUACUUGGGUUACGUUGCCACUGCCACUGAUAUCCCAUCUGGUGUUACUGCUUUAGCAUUAGAAGUCCAAACUUACACUGAUGACUCUUACACCACCUUGUUAGACUCUGGUAACAUUGAUGUUGCUGCCAUUGAAUCUUUCGCUGCCGGUCUCCCAUGGUACACCAGACUUGAAGCUCAACUUACCGGUGCUGCAUCUGGAUCCGCUUCUGGUUCUGGAUCCGCUUCUGCAUCUGGUUCUGCUUCUGGUUCUUCAGUCGCUGCUUCUACUUCCGGUGCUUCAUCUGCAGCUUCUGCUUCAGCUUCAGCUUCUGAAUCCGGAUCUGCUUCAAUCACCUCUGCUGCUUCAUCUGCUUCAUCUGAAGCUUCUUCUGCUGCAUCCGGUGCUUCAUCCGGUGCUUCAUCUGAAGCUUCUUCUGCUUCAUCCGGUACUUCCUCCGCAGCUUCAUCCGGUGCUUCCUCCGCAGCUUCAUCCAGUGCUGCUGCCUCUUCUACCUCAUCCCAGGCUGCUGGUGUCUUGAACAUUGUUGAUGCUAGACUCAUCACCAUUGGUUCUUUAAUUGCUUGCUUAUUCUAA